CAACUCCAUUGGAUAAUGGUGGCUGCCUAGUGAUGCCUCGGCCAAAAGUGAUCACAGCGCCUUUCGAUCCUAAAGAGUGCACGAUUAAUCGGUCCAUCAUAAAGCUUACAGAUCGACUCGGCAGCGGCAACUUUGGAGAAGUCUGGCUGGCUAAGAUGCAGACUGUUACCGUUGCAGUGAAGACGUGCCUUCCAACUGCAACGAAUGAAGACUUUGUGAACGAGGCAAAAACCCUGUUCAUUCUGAACCACCCGCGAAUAAUUCGUUUUCUGGGUUACUGCGAUGAACCUGCAGAUGAACCAUUUUACCUCAUCACGGAAUAUAUGGAAAAAGGAUCUCUAAAAGAUUUCCUUAUCGAAAAUAAAAACCGUAUUGAAUACAAAAAAUGUAUUCAAAUUAUCCAC